UGGGGGCCGGAGGCCGCCGCUGCCGCCAUGCCGUUGCUCUUCCUCGAGCGCUUCCCCUGGCCCAGCCUCCGCACCUACACGGGCCUCAGCGGCCUGGCCCUGCUCGGCACCAUCGUCAGCGCCUACCGCGCCCUCAGCCAGCCCGAGGCCGGGCCCGGGCGCGGCGAGCAGGAGUCGCCAACGGCCCGGCUGCUGCCGGAGCCGGCCGCGCUCGCCCGCCCGAGCGCCGGGGGACCCCGCGCCCGCGACGUGGCCCAGUACCUGCUCUCGGACAGCCUGUUCGUGUGGGUUCUAGUAAAUACUGCUUGCUGUGUUCUGAUGUUGGUGGCCAAGCUAAUCCAAUGUAUUGUGUUUGGCCCUCUUCGAGUGAGCGAGAGACAGCACCUCAAAGACAAGUUUUGGAAUUUUAUUUUCUACAAGUUCAUUUUCAUUUUUGGUGUGCUGAAUGUCCAGACUGUGGAAGAGGUGGUUAUGUGGUGCCUCUGGUUUGCAGGACUUGUGUUUCUGCAUCUGAUGGUUCAGCUCUGCAAGGACCGAUUUGAAUACCUUUCCUUUUCUCCCACCACACCUAUGAGUAGCCACGGCCGAGUUCUGUCUCUGCUGGUCGCUAUGCUGCUCUCCUGCUGUGGAUUAGCGGUUGUCUGUUGUGUCACAGGCUACACCCACGGGAUGCACACACUGGCUUUCAUGGCCGCGGAGUCUCUUCUUGUGACAGUGAGGACUGCUCAUGUGAUUUUACGAUAUGUAAUUCACCUCUGGGACCUCAACCAUGAAGGGACGUGGGAAGGAAAGGGGACGUAUGUCUAUUACACAGAUUUUGUCAUGGAGCUCACUCUCUUGUCCCUGGACCUCAUGCACCACAUUCACAUGUUGUUGUUCGGCAACAUCUGGUUGUCAAUGGCCAGCUUGGUCAUCUUCAUGCAGCUGCGUUACCUCUUCCAUGAGGUGCAGCGUCGAAUCCGCCGGCACAAGAACUACCUGCGUGUGGUUGGGAACAUGGAAGCCAGGUUUGCAGUUGCAACUCCAGAGGAGCUGGCCGUCAAUAAUGAUGACUGUGCCAUCUGCUGGGACUCCAUGCAGGCUGCAAGGAAGCUGCCCUGUGGACACCUUUUCCACAACUCCUGUCUUCGUUCCUGGCUAGAACAAGACACCUCCUGCCCAACAUGCAGAAUGUCUCUUAAUAUUGCUGACAAUAAUCGUGCCAGGGAAGACCAUCAAGGAGAGAACCUGGAUGAGAAUCUGGUUCCUGUAGCAGCAGCUGAAGGCAGACCUCGCUUAAACCAGCACAAUCACUUCUUCCACUUUGAUGGGUCCCGGAUUGCGAGUUGGCUGCCGAGUUUUUCAGUUGAAGUGAUGCACACCACCAACAUUCUUGGCAUUACGCAGGCGAGCAACUCCCAGCUUAAUGCAAUGGCUCAUCAGAUUCAAGAAAUGUUCCCCCAGGUUCCAUACCACCUUGUGCUGCAGGACCUCCAGCUGACACGCUCGGUUGAAAUAACAACAGACAACAUUUUAGAAGGACGUAUUCAAGUACCUUUUCCCACACAGCGGUCAGAGAGCAUCAGACCUGCAUUGAACAGUCCUGUGGAGAGGCCAAAUGGUGACCAGGAGGAAGGAGAAACUUCUGCUCAGACUGAGCGUGUGCCGCUGGACCUCAGUCCUCGGCUGGAGGAGGCGCUGGACUUCAGUGGGGUGGAAGCCGAGCCCAGUGAGGGGGAGGACUUUGAGGCUCGGGGCAGCCGCUUCUCCAAGUCUGCUGACGAGAGACAGCGCAUGUUAGUCCAGCGUAAGGACGACCUCCUGCAGCAGGCUCGGAAGCGUUUCUUGAACAGAAGUUCUGAAGAUGACUCAGCCUCAGAGAGUGGCCUUCCCUCGGAAGGCACGACCUCUGACCCCGUGACCCUGCGCCGGAGGAUGCUGGCUGCGGCUGCAGAGCGGAGACUUCAGAAGCAGCAGGCCUCCUAGCGCCUCCUCGCCGUCCUCAGUCCUCAGCCGCCGCCUCCCGAGCAGCGCCCGCCGGAGAAGCCUGGCCCAGAUCUGCCUGCUGUGGAAGAAGUGGGCUUGACUGCAUUGCCGCUGUAUAAAGCAUGUGGUCUUCAUAGUGUUUGGACAGCUGACAAAUUUAAUCCUUUUUUGUAAUACUUUCUAUGUGACAUUUCUCUUCCCUUUAGAAACACUGCACAUUUUAACUCUAGGCAUGAUCUCUUUGGCAUUGACUGGACUUCUUAGGGUUGGGGGAAGAUCCAGAGGAAGUGGGCAUCCAGAAACCCUGAAGCAGGCAGCUUCGAUGACUGCUUUCUGCAUAAGUCACAACAAAUGCUGGUGUCUUUAGCUCCAAAUCUGGCAGGAAGUGUGUGUGUAGGGGGCUGGAUUCAUAAAAAGCAGUGUGGAGAUGUACAGCAUGGGCGUAACUCCACACUGCUGGAUAAUUUCUCUUGUCAAACUGCUGUUCUUAGUGAGGGUGGGGUUUGGUGCCUGUUACAGAGGCCAAUGUUACACAGGCCAGACCCACGGGCUCCUGGACCCCUGGACUGCAGGGCUUCUUGGAAAGACGACUCUUGGUUUAAUACCUGGAGCAGAGGAGGGGAAAGCCCAGGGCUGUGGAGUGUGAGGAGGAGACCCAGUUGUGUCCCAGUACGUCCGGACUCACUUUCUGAGCCCCCAGUCCAAAGCUGGCUUUAUUUCCGUUACCGCUGGUGCUCCUGCCUCUCACGAGUCCACCCUGUGGGUCUGUCCUCCUUUCUGCAUUUCAUUGCCCCCUCCCUGGACAUGGGAAGGUCAGCACUGAAUGGGUUAAGCAGCGAGCUUUGGUUUGGUCAAGUGAGUUAGGCAAUGCCAAGGGCAGUGGGUUGGGUCCUUGGAGAGAAUGUGGGCCUUCCAAGAUGGGAGAGUCAAUUUUGGAGGGCUUUACUGAGGAAAU